CUUUUCCUCCAGCGUGCCACUGACAUCACAUGCACGGUAGUUUAACAACCCCCUCCCCUCAUCACUAAUCUCUCCCUUUUCGCCUACACUUUUCACCCACAUGUUGUCCUCUCUAAAAAGAUGAGAGGGGUGUAUAUUUGAUGUGAUUUAUGUGUUAUGUAAAGACACUUGCCAGAAGCAGGCUAGCAGUGUAUUUUUCUGAGAACAGAAUGAGUUUAUAUAUGUUCAGUGGGUGUUGAGGGUACAAAUAUAAGUAAAUACGCAGUUUAUAACUUGAAUACGUCCAGUGCAGACAGGAAUUCAGCAGCUGGAUAGGAGAUGGGGAGUCGCACGCAUACAUGCCCGGUAUUCAGCAUUUCUAGUGGCAUUAACUUGAAAUAAUCAAAGGCUGCUGAACUUUAAGGUCAGUGUUGGAUCAUGCAGCUCCUUCUACUGUUGUAAUUUGGCGGCGGGGGGUAUGGGGAGCAGAUGGUACUGACAGACUGUAACUUACCCAGCAGAGAGGGGAGGUCAGAGCAUACUGGGAAAGACUAGAGAGAGAGGGAGGCUGAAAUGCUCCAUGAGCAUCCUUACCUCAUGGGAAAUGUAUAAUUCAGGUUAAGUCGUGACUGAAUCACGUGACCUUCUCCAGCCAGUUACCUGAUAAAUUUCAGGUGGCUUUGACGAGGCGCUUGUUGGCCAUUACCCUCUGACCUUGGCUUGUGCAGCGCUGUGGCUUCACUUCGGUUUACAGAGUGUUCCCUACACAAAGUCACCUUGGCAAUGACACUCAGGCUUUCCAAUGCCCUGACGUCACUCCAAAGAAAAGGAGAUGAGGAGGAGGAAGAUGAUGUCGAAGGGGUAGGGGGGUGGCAUGUCUGGCUCUACAAAACCUCUGCAGCAUCCCAGUUGAUGCCCCAGCGUUCAGCCUCCGCCAAGUGGACACACGCAAGAGGAGGAAAACCAUCCUACCAAUUCCAUCACGGAGUGAAAGCGAGGAGGAGGAGGAGGAGCGAACCGAGUGAGAAACUGAUGCUCCCAGCAGGUGCUAACAAGUGAGAGGAAGCUGAGAGACUGAAGGUACAGUAGGAGAUGGAGAAGAGUCUGUGAGAGCAACAGACACACAGAACUUUACAAGAGAACUAACGGCCAGUGUCUUCCCAGAUUUCCUGCUCGCGGUCCUCGUCUCCGCUGCCAUGCUGUGUCCUGUGCUGCUUUGUGCCACUCUGCUCCUCCUGACUCCGUUUGAGAUCACAGAGGCACGCGCUCUGCAUCCUCCCGCCGAUGCUGCGCAGUUUAUGGAGCAGUUUCUGGAGCGCUAUAAUGACCUUCUGACCCUGGACGAUCUGGAGAACCUGCUAAACAGCCAGCCGGAGGAGCAGUCCACAGUCCCCUCUGGGGUCAAAGCAGCCGAAUUCCCGAAAUGGGCUGAUGCUCAGGUGCAGUCGGAGACCCCCUGGCUCCGGCUGCUGAAGGGGGCCCUGGCCAACCAGAAACGAGCAGAGCCAGAUCGCUCACGGAGGGGAUGGAACCGGGGAUGCUUCGGCCUGAAGCUUGAUCGGAUCGGGUCCAUGAGUGGACUGGGCUGUUAGAGGAGGCAAAUACAGACUGGAGACGUCCUUCUUAGAAUAUUAGGGAAAAAUGGGCAGAAUCGUUCACCUGCAGAGAGAGAUAUGAACGUGUAGACUAUGUGUAAUAUGGUGUAAACCUGCAGUAACUUUGUUUCAGCCAGCAUAGAUCAGAUGCUUCAUUCUCCAUGUGUUAAACUGAACAUUAGAACGUGAGAUUUAUUUCUAUCAAAUCAUCUUAAAUUGUUGAGCAUGUUUCAAGUAAAUUUGAGUGCGUGUGUUUUUUUGUUUUUAUUUUUAUGCCUUUGUCUAUGUGCGGUAAAUGUAGAGAUGCUUUGACAUUUUGUCGUCACGGGGGCUUGUCUAAAAGCAUUUGUAACAGAGGUGGAUAUCCAAAGAUGACAGCACCUGUAAUCCCUGCAGUUUAUUUUUAUGGUCACUUAUGAUUUGCAUGAAUAAAUGGAUUUGACAUUU